AUGAAGUCCACCAUUUUCUCCAUCGCUGCUCUUGCGGCUGUCUCUACUGCUGCUCCCGUCAAGCGUGCUGACGGCCCAUCCGACGGCGAGAUUCUCAACUACGCCCUUACUCUCGAGCACCUCGAGAACACCUUCUACGCUCAGGCCCUCGCCAAGUACAGCGUUGAGGACUUCAAGGCCGCCAACUUCUCCGAGGAGACCUACAACCGCAUCAUGACCAUCUCGGGCGAUGAGAAGACUCACGUUGAGUUCCUGACUGGUGCGCUCAGCGCUGCUGGAGCCAAGCCCGUCGAGGCCUGCACCUACGACUUCGGAUACAAGGACGUUGCCUCCUUCCUUGCCACUGCCAGCAUCCUCGAGGGUGUUGGUGUCAGCGCCUACCUCGGUGCCGCCGCAGACAUCAUGUCCAAGACCUACUUGACUGCCGCUGGAUCCAUCCUGACUGUCGAGGCCCGCCAUUCUGCCUACGUACGCAACACCAUUAGCGAGUCGCCUUUCCCAGCUCCCUUCGACAACCCGUUGAGCUACAACGAGGUCUACACACUCGCUGCGCAGUUCAUCAAGUCCUGCCCAGAGACCAACGCUCCUCUGCCCGUCAAGGCUUUCCCUACCCUUGCUGCCUCCGCAUCCGACGGAAGCAUGAUGAUCAAGGCUGGCAGCAAGGUUACUCUCAAGACCUCUGGAUACAAGGUUGACGGCAAGGUUUACGCUGCUUUCAUCACUGUUACCGGCCCUGUCUUCGUUGACGCCAUGGAGGUCGAGGGUGGAUUCGAGGUCAUGGUCCCCGAGAAGGGUAUUGCUGGACAGAGCUACGUUGUUCUCACCAGCUGCAACACCGCUGCCACUGAUGACACCAUUAUUGCUGGUCCCGCCGUUGUUGAGGUCAUGUAA